AAAGAGUGCAGAGUCGGGUUUGGAAGUUGUUGUUGGAGGAAGGAAGGAGAAGAGGCGGCGACGGCUGGGAGUCUCGUGCUUUCUCUCUCUCUCUCCCUGGCGCCGUUAUUGGAGCUGCGUAGCAGUUGGGCCCUCUGAGGUGGAAAGGCAGGCGACGGUUUCUCUCUCUCUCUCUCUCUCGAGUGACGGUUGGCGUUUGAAUCUGCGAGGGCGGCAGUUGGCGUUGGGUUCGGGGAAGUUCUGCCUUGGACGCUCCGCCGCCGCCGAGGGGAAACUUUUCUCUCCGCCGCCACCGCCGCCGUUGUCUGAGGCGGGCUCGGCUCCCGCGAUGGGCUCCUCCCGGGGCGCCUGUCCCUGCUCUUGGCCGCGGGCGCUUCUUCUCCUCCUCUUCCUGGGCUCCUCGGGGGCCUUCGUGUGCCUUCCCUGCGACGAGUCCCGCUGCGAGGAGCCCCGCAACUGCCCCGGCGGCGUGGUCCUCGACAUGUGCGGCUGCUGCUUCCUCUGCGCCCGGCAGCGGAACGAGAGCUGCGGAGGCUUCUUCGGGCUCCACGGCGCCUGCGACCGAGGGCUGCGCUGCGUCAUCCGCCCGCCGCUCCUCCACGGGGACUCGCUCACCGAGUACGAGGCCGGCGUCUGCGAAGAUGAAAACUGGGAUGAUCAGCUUCUUGGAUUUGAGCCUUGCAAUGAAAACCUCAUAACAGGCUGCAAUAUAAUCAAUGGAAAAUGCGAAUGUGAUACUAUUAGGACCUGUAGUAAUCCCUUUGAGUUUCCAAGCCGGGAUACUUGCCUGUCAGCUUUAAAAAGGAUUGAAGAAGAAAAGCCUGACUGCUCCAAGGCCCGUUGUGAAGUACAGUUUUCUCCUCGCUGUCCAGAAGAUUCUGUUUUGAUUGAAGGGUAUGCUCCACCUGGUGAAUGCUGCCCUCUACCUAGCCGCUGCGUGUGUAACCCUGCCGGGUGUUUGAGGAAAGUUUGCCAACCAGGAUAUUUGAAUAUAUUGGUUUCUAAAGCAUCAGGCAAACCAGGGGAAUGCUGUGACUUCUAUGAAUGUAAACCAGUGUUCAGCAUAGACUGUAGUACAGUGGAAUGCCCUCCUGUCCAACAAGUUGUUUGCCCUUUGGAUAGCUAUGAGACACAAGUCAGGCUGACAGCUGAUGGAUGUUGUACUCUUCCUACAAGGUGCGAAUGUCUCUCUGGUUUAUGUGGUGUUCCAAAAUGUGAGGCAGGCUACAUCCCUCAAAUAGUGUCACGUGGAGACGGAACACCUGGCAAGUGCUGUGAUGUCUUUGAAUGUGUCAAUGAAGCAAAGCCAGCAUGUAUAUUUAAUAGCAUGGAAUAUUAUGAUGGAGAUACAUUUCGAAUGGAUGCUUGCCGAUUUUGUCGAUGCCAAGGGGGUGUGUCCAUAUGUUUCUCAGCACAAUGUGGUGAGCUUCAUUGUGACAGAUACUAUGUACCAGAAGGAGAAUGCUGUCCAGUAUGUGAAGAUUCCAUUUCUCCUGUUAGUAAUCCUGCUGGCUGCUAUGCAAAUAGUCAGAUUCAAGCACAUGGUGACCGCUGGAGAGAAGAUGAUUGCACUUUCUGUCAGUGUAUCAAUGGGGAAUCCCAUUGUGUUGCCACAGCCUGUGGACAAAGUUGCUUGAAUCCUGUUAAAGUGCCUGGAGAAUGCUGCCCAAUGUGUGAAGAACCAACAUACAUCACAAUAGGUCCACCCACAUGUUAUCCUCUAGUGAACUGCACAUUAACUGAGAUGGAUUGUAUUUACGAUUUCAGAGUAGACCAAAAUGGUUGUCGCAUCUGCCAGUGCAAAACUAGAGAGGAAUUAUGUAAUGACUUCAUGUCAGAUUGUUCUUUGGACUGUGCCUUCGGUUUUCAGACUGAUAUCCACAAUUGUAAGAUCUGCCAGUGCCGCCCAAGGCCUAAGAAGUGCAAACCAAUAGCAUGUGACAAGUACUGUUCAUUUGGAUACCUGAAGAACAAGCACGGAUGUGAAAUCUGUCGUUGUAAUAAAUGCCCAGAACUUUUAUGUGGUAAGACCUGUCCAAUGGGAUUCCAGAAAGAUAACCAAGGAUGUCUUAUCUGCAAAUGUUCCGAGUUACCAGCUUCUAUAAUGCCACCAGCUAAGGCAGGUUCUUGCUUGUCUGUGGAUGGGCACCGUCAUGAAAAUGAGGAAAGUUGGCAUGAUGGUUGUCGUGAGUGUUACUGUCAUAAUGGACGGGAGAUGUGUGCUUUGAUCACCUGCUCUGUACCAAACUGUGGUAAUCCCACCAUACAUCCAGGACAGUGUUGUCCAUCAUGUCCAGAUGAAUCCAUUGUGGAGAAACCAGAACUCAGUGGUCCAACCAUCUGCUACGUUCCAGGAGGAGAGUAUUUUGUGGAAGGAGAUAUGUGGAAUAUUGAUUCUUGCACACAGUGUACAUGUCAUAAUGCACGAGUUUUGUGUGAGACAGAAGUCUGCCCACCUCUCCUUUGUAGAAAUCCCACCCGUACUCAGGAUUCGUGCUGUCCACAGUGUCCAGAGGAACCUGCUCAGCCUUCCAUGUCAAGCAAUGAAAGUGCACCCAAUUACUGCAAAAAUGAUGAUGGUGAUAUUUUCCUUACUGCUGAAUCCUGGAAACCCAAUGUUUGUACCAGUUGUAUUUGCCUGAAUGGAGGGAUCAGCUGCUACUCUGAGUCUUGUCCACCAGUUUCCUGUGACAGGCCUGUUUUAAGAAAAGGACAGUGUUGUCCUUACUGUAUAGAAGAUAUAGCAUCAAAGAAGGCAGUGUGUCACUUCAAUGGAAAAACAUAUGCUGAUGAAGAACGCUGGGAUAUUGACAGCUGCACACAUUGCUAUUGUCUGCAGGGUCAGACCCUUUGCUCCACAGUUAGUUGUCCUCCGCUUCCUUGUGUAGAACCUAUUAACGUGGAGGGAAGUUGCUGUCCCAUGUGCCCAGAAAUGUAUGUACCUGAACCUACCAACAUUCCAAUUGAGAAGACAAAUCAUAGAGAAGAUAAUGAACUGGAAGCACCAGUUUGGCCUACGCCCAGUGAAAAUGAUAUUGUUCAUAUCCAUAGAGAUUUGGGUCACCUUCAGGGGGAUUACAGAGAAACCAGAGGAUCACAACCUAGUACAGAAGCUUCUCUUAGUUCUCUUGCUUGGGUGACGGUGCCCAUCAUGACAGCACUAGUUCUCAUAAUAGCACUUCUACUUGUCAAUCAGAAAAAGCAAUGGAUACCAGUAUCCUGCUACAGAGCUCCAACAAAGCCUUCCUGCCUAAACAACCAGCUGGUAUAUGUGGACUGCAAGAAGGGUACUAUGGUUCAAGUGGACAGUUCUCAAAGAAUGCUCAGAAUUGCUGACCCAGACUCAAGAUACAGUGGAUUCUACAGCAUGCAGAAACAGAACAACUUACAAGCAGAUAAUUUCUAUCAGACAGUGUGAUAGAAUUGCACCCUACCCAAGAAUUAAGAAGAAACAAAGACUGACUCUGCUAUUUAAAAAAAAAACUAGAAUUGUGCACUUGCUUAGUGGAUUGUAUUGGAUUUGUGACUUCAUGUACAGCUCUAAGAACUUACUGGGAUGAGCUCUGACUCCUGCAGAACAGGCAUUCCCACUUCACCUUGCGAUGACUGACCAAGUUUUUUCUUGGAACCAAAGUUCUAAAAUUUCAGAUUUUGUGCUUGUAACAUAGUAAAUAGAGAUUGUUUGGGAAGGGGAAACUGGAGUUGAGCUUGAGUGGUUGUAACAGAAAGCCUCAAAGAAGAAAAGCUGAUGAGCUUAACUUGGAGUCAAAGAAUUUUAAGAAUAUAGCUUUUUCCUGACACUCCAAAAUUGCAUUUGUUGCAGUGAAGUAUAAGUGAAGUUAAAUAAGAGAGUCUGGGGUUUUCUGGCUGUGCUACAAAAAUAUACUCCUAGAAGGUACAAAUGUGGUAUAACUGCAACUGUGUUUUUCUACCUGAUCAGAAACCGAAAUAGGUAAUAACAUAGCAAGGAAAACAUCAAAGCAGAAAUACAUAGGGCAAAUUUAUUGCAGAUGUGUACAAUUAUACCUUGUGCUGCUUUUUGUUUUUCCUUUUGAUGCUGAUUGUCCAGCUGGCAGUUAGCAAAUGGCUAAUGCCUGUAUAAUUCCCGAUAUGAGCACUGGAUCUUUUGAAAACAGUAUUGGAGAGGGAAAAGAAAGAAAAGUGAAAUGUCAUCUGAGUGAGUGUGUGUGUGUUUUCUUUUUAUCAUUGUUUAUAAAUUUCAGGUGGUUUAGGCUCCAUGUUGUUAUUGGAGAAAAAGAUUUUGUUGGAUGAAGAUCUUGCUCAGAUUUUUUUUAAAAAAAAAACAUGUUAAAAGGGUUUGUUUUUCCUGUUAACUGAUUAUGCAGACUAGAAGCAACUUCCAUGCUAGGAAGCUGCUUAAUUUUAAUUGUAUAUUACUCAAGCACCUUUUUGGAAGCUCAGAAAGAAAGGAGAUCAUGCUUCUUUAAAAUUUUAGCUUUAUAGAAGUAUUUAUGUAAAUAUAGUUGUGCUUAAAACAAAGCAUUUGUAUGUCUCUGUGUGUAUAUGUCUGUAUGUGUGUGUGUUUAUGUGUAUAUAUACAUAUACACAUAUACACACACUAUGUGUAUAUAUGUAUAUAUACAGUAUAUAUGUGGUAUUUAUAUAUACAGUAUAUAUCAUUAUAAUUUUGUAUUUUUCCCUGUUGAAUGUAUUUUGAACUGAGAUUUUCCCAGAACAGAAACACAGGCAUUCCAUAUUAUUGCUUCAUCAUUUGUGUUUAGCAAAGACAAGAUGAGAGUAUCUCAUUCUACCUAGUUUUAUUUGAUUUGGAAGUGUGGAUAUGCAAGUGUGUGUGUAUGUGUGUGUGUGCGCGCGCAUGUGACCUUGUGGUUGCAUACAAGUACCGUAUGUGCACAAUUUUAGCAGUAAGCAUUACUCUUGCUACUUGCUACAUUUCAGGGUUUGGUUUUGUUUUCUUUUUCUUUUCCUACAUGGCCUUAAAAAGGCCAUUAAAUGUAUUGGCUAGGUACACUGAUAACAUACACAGGCAGCACUAAUCAGUUUGGCAGAAUAAUAGCAUCCACACUUCG